GAAGGUAGAUAGUCUGAUAAACAAAGAAAAACUCAAAAAGGUUGGUUCAUUCUGAUGCAAUUUUACUCAAGAUCAUCUUCACAAAUCCUUUUUUUUUUUAAAAGACUGCAGCAAAAAGCUAUUCGUGAACCAGAUCGAGACCAGUAAACAUCAGUAUCUUCUUCACUCAUCCCCACCAUACCAAUUCUCUCAAGGUGAAGCAUCUCGCACAUUCAUCACCGUGAGCCUCUUUUCAAUUUCUCUUCUCUAUCUCAUCUUUUUCUCUUUCUUUGAUUUUUUGGAGUUAGAUUUUAGAGUGAACUGAAACCAAAUUUAUAACUUUGAUUUACAACUAUUGUCUCAACUAGUUGAAGAGGUUGACUGUAUGUGGUAAAAAUGAAACUGGAGGGUUUCAUCUUUUAAAAUUUGGAACUUAGAAUUCUCAAAAAAAAAAAAUAUUGAGACUUAAAAGUUUUAACUUGACAUAAAUAAAGUUAAAUAACUUAAAUAAAUUUCAGUCAAAUGUAAAGAGUGCAUUUGUAUUCUUUAUUAUCUCCAUUGAUCUUGUUAUUUGUCAUUUAUUUAACUACGGAAGUUCCCAAAAAGACAUUUUUGGUGGGAUUCGGUGUUAGGUAUGUACAAGUCAUUUGCAUAUCUUUGUAGGCCUUAACUUUAAACAUGUUGGUUCAGAAAUAAAAAAGAAAAGACAUUGGAUUCGAACAUUUUGAGUUUUAGAAAAGCAUGAAAAUCAUUGUACUUUUGGGGGUAUUCGUCCUUGGUCGCCACCUCUUUUCCAGAUGGUGCCGGCGGCAUGAUAUUGAUGCUGCCACAAAACCGCCACCUUCAACCUCCAGUCAUAUAAACGAGACUCCAAUGACUUCCACUUCUUCUCCAAUGACUUCCACUUCUUCUACUCACCGGUGGGAGUAUGAUGUCUUCUUGAGCUUUAGAGGUGUAGAUACCCGUUGUAGUUUUACGGGCCAUUUAUAUAAAGCUUUGUGUGACAAAGACAUUUACACCUUCAUGGAUGAUAAACUUCGGAGGGGAGAAAAAAUUUCAAAGGAACUUCUCAAAACCAUCAAAAGGUCAAGGAUUUCGGUUGUUGUGUUUUCUGAAAAUUAUGCAUCUUCCAAAUGGUGUUUGGAUGAACUUGUUUGGAUUCUUGACUGUCGGAAAAAUCUUGGCCAAUUGGUUUUACCAGUUUUUUAUGGAAUAGAUCCAUCAGAAGUACAUAAACAAGAGGGAAAGUUUGGGCUAGAAUUGUCUAAACAUGAAAAAAAUUUCAAGGAUAACAUUGGCAAGGUGCAGAUUUGGAGGGCAGCUCUAAAAGAAGUUGGCAAUCUGUCCGGAUUCCAUUACAAUAAUGAUUGUCUUGAAUCGAAAUUUAUCCAGGGAAUUAUCGAAUGGCUAUCAAGUAAAAUAUUUUGCCGCACACGUUUAUUUGUUGCUAAAUACCCUAUUGGAGUAGAUUUUCGUGCAACAAAAAUAGAAAAGCUUUUAUGUAUUGAGUUAAAUGAUAUCCGAGUCGUGGCGAUCCUUGGCCUUGGGGGAAUAGGUAAGACUACAAUCGCAAGAGCUGUAUAUAACAAAAUUUUUGAUGACUUUGAAGGAAGUUUCUUUCUAGAAAAUGUUAAAGAAAGGUCUGGGACAAUUGAUGGCAUAAUCCAACUACAGGAGAUACUUCUUUCUAAGACCUUAGGGGAUGGAAAUUUAAAGGUGGACAACAUAUCUAGAGGAAUCAAUGCGAUAAAGGAAAGACUUUGCCAUAAAAGAGUUCUUUUAGUUCUUGAUGAUGUGGAUGAACGAAAACAAAUAGAAAAUUUGCUUGAAAAAUGUGAUUGGUUAGCUUCUGGAAGUAGAAUCCUUAUAACCACAAGAGACAAAAAUGUGUUAAAGACUCUCAAACAAGAUCCUCUAAUCUAUAUGGUUGAUGAACUGGAUGAAUAUGAAGCUUGCGAACUUUUUAGUUUGUAUGCCUUCCAAACAAAUGAACCUGAGGAAGCCUAUUUUCAACUUACAAAGCAGAUUAUCAAUUAUGUGAAUGGCCUUCCACUAGCUUUAGAAAUAAUUGGUUCUGAUUUGCGUGGAAAAAGUUUAUGUCAAUGGAAAAGUGCAUUAGAGAAGUAUAAAAAGAUUACCGACAAGGAAAUUCUAAAAAUACUCAAAACGAGUUAUGAAGGAUUAGACCAAAAUGAAAAGGAUAUUUUCCUCGAUAUUGCAUUUUUCUUCAAGGGGGAAAAUAUAGAUGAUGUUGUAAAUAUAUUAGAGGCAUGUCAUUUAUUUCCAAAUUAUGGUAUUCAAAAACUUAUUGACAAGUGUUUGAUAACGAUUGAUUGGUGUGGCUAUUUAUCGAUGCAUAACUUGCUACAACAAGUGGGAGAGGAAAUUGUUCAACAAGAAUCAAUACAAGCGCUUGGAAAACGUACUAGGCUACGGGAUUUUGAGGAUGCUCGUGUUAUACUAACUAGUAAUACGGGAAUGGAUAUAACUCGAGGCAUAAUGAUGUACUCACCUGAACCUAUUACAUUGGAAAUUCAUCCUCAAGCUUUCAAAAAGAUGGAAACUAUCAAGUUUCUUAGAGUUAAAAAUGUACAUAUUGAUGGAUGUUUGGAAUAUCUCCCCAACAGUAUAGUGUUGCUGGAUUGGGCUAAUUGUUCUGUUUCCUUACCAUCUGAUUUUUGUCCUCAACAGCUUGUAUACAUCAACAUGCCACAUAGUAACAUUAUAAUACAUAAGCCAUUCAAGCAGGUUGUGCAUUUUAAAAAUUUGAAAAGAAUCAAUCUCAAACAUUGUGAAUCCAGCCAGAGAUUACCUGAGUUGUGGGCUCCAAAUUUAAAGGAAUUUGACCUUUCUUUUUGUAAAAAUUUGGUUGAGAUUCAUGAUUCUAUUGGACUACUUGAUAAGCUUGAAGUUUUGGACCUAUUUUUUUGCAAAAAACUUCAAGCUCUUCCUAGAAGACUUGAGUUCAAAUCUCUAAUAUAUUUUUUUCUCCAAUACUGUGACUCCAUUCAAGAAUUACCUGAAUUGUGUGCCCCAAAUUUAAAGAAAUUAUACCUUUCAAAUUGUAAAUCUUUAGUUAAGGUUCAUGAGUCCAUUGGACUUCUUGAUAAACUUGAAAGUUGGGAUCUCAGAAACUGUGGAAAAUUUCAAACUCUUCCAAGAAGACUUGCGUUAAAAUCUCUUAAAUAUUUUAAUCUUAGAGGGUCCACAAGCCUUGAGAACUUCCCUGAUAUUGACCCUGAAAUGAAAUGCUUAGAGUAUUUACAGUUGGGUGGGACUCGUAUUAAAGAGUUCCCUUCCUCAAAUAGCAUCUAUCAAUUCCAAAAACUUUGGAGUCUAGAUCUUUCUACUAAUAUACCAAGACCAACCUACAAUUCUUUUGAUGGCUAUGGGUUUUUAUGGUUAUUCGGACUUACUCUCUCUGGUGAAAAUGUAACUAAAUUAGAUGAUCUGGUGGUCGAUUACUUUCCCACAUUGUGUAUUCUAAAUCUAGAAAACACCAAUAUUGUUACCAUCCCCGAAAGCUUGAUCAAAUUUACUACAUUAUCGGAUCUUAAUAUAGUUGAUUGCAAGCACUUCGAGGAAAUUCAAGGACUUCCACAAUCUUUACAUCGUUUGAGGGUUAGAAAUUGCCCAUCGUGGAAUCUACAAUCAUCAAAAAAAAUAUUGAGUCAGGGUAUUGCUAAAAAAAAUGCAAAUAGAGUACAUGAAUUUUCACAUCGGCCUCUCCGCUGGAUUGGUUCCUUUCUAGUACCGGGGAGUGAGAUUCCAGAUGAGUUCAAUCAUCAAAGCGAUGGAAAUUCCAUUUCAUUCAUGGUUGAUCGGAAUUGGAGAUUUCCAUAUCUUUUUGCCGUCUGUCUUGCCCUUGGACCGGCUAAUGGAUAUUGUGAGUUUGACAUUUACAUUGACGUCAAUGGUUUCAAAAUUGACUGUGAUAGGGUUUGCUUAGAAAAAAGUGAAUCUUGUAGCCUGUGGUUUUCUUCUGGACCUUUUUGUGAAUGGGAGAAGUUAAAUCUAUCUAAACAGAGUCAUCUUAAGGUUACUGUCAAGAUGGUGAAUCAUUAUUAUCACGGAGAGUCAACGGAUCCUACAGCUAUCAUAAAAAAGUUUGGGAUCCGUGUAGAAUGCAUUUGUUGUCCUCAUAAAUCUUUCGUCCCCGAUUCCCUACCUUUACUACCUCUGUUCCCCACUUCUUGCAAUGAAGGAGAUUCAGGGCGUGCAAUUGCAAAUGGAAACAACAAAUACUAUUGGGUUUGAAUAUGGUUUGAAGGGAUUUCAAGGUGAUUUGAAUAUGUCAUUAUCGAUCCCUAUUGACCCCAAGGUCCACCCUUUAAUACCACUUCCCUAUUCCUCAAAUAUGGAUCAUGAGGCUUUCGAAACUGUAAGUGAUUUGGGGCAUUUGAAGGACUUUUGUAAGGGGUCAUCAUUCACAAAUUCAUGGGUGAAGAAUGUGCAUGAUGACUUUGAUUUGGGUUCAUCUUCAAUGACCCAUGAAUUUGUGAAUGAUGACUUUGAUUUGAAUCUGUCUCCACCCUCGAAGAAAAAGAGGACAUCUUGCUCUAGCUUUGAAGAAUUAUGCCUCUUUUCCUUCCCUUGAUUCUCAUCUCCUCCAACUCCAAGGAUGAAUGUGAGAGAGUGUGAAGACUCAAGCUUAAAAGGAUGAAUAAGUGGAUUUCGUGAGUGUCUCGCAAGAAGCUUACCCACGAAAGAGCCACGUAUAGAGCACAUGACUGGAAGAUGAAGAGUCAUGCCAGCCUGGAGGUUUUCGCGAGUGUCUCGUAGAGUUGAUGACCGCACAAACUUGGACAUCAAAUAGUCUUCCAUGACCAUGAGGUCCAUUUCAUGCCUCUUCUUCUUCCCCCUUUUUUUUCCCUAUGUCAACUGUUCUAUUUGAAAAAUGCCAUUGGAUUGUUUUCUGAGUGAUCAUUCGGGAAAUUUGUUGGGAUUAUUUUGUUUACAAUUUUUUAUUUUUUUUUUCUCUUUUGGAACUAACAACUGUUACAAUUUUGAAAUUAAUAGUGUUGACCAUUGUUAGUUUCAUUACAUGUUAUCAAGUUCUUAGAUUAAAUAGCAUUAGCCUUUGGAUUGACCUCUUAGAAAUUGCAUGCAACUUGUCUGUCAAAAUACUUGACUAUAAAAUUUUUGGGACAUUAGGGCUUUGAGAGUGUAUUUCUAGCAUCCUUUGGCUAUUGUGUUUGUUAUACUUGAGUUGUGAGGUUUGGAUUGAUGCUUUAGGAGACAAAGAAAACCUUAAAUUUUCAAUAUGUUAGAACUCCAUCUAAUUUGAUACAAACCUUACGAGUGCAAAAUAUCCAUUGUAUUAUGUGGAUAGAUGACUUGAUUUGAAUAUUUUCAAUUGGUUAAUUCUAAUACAAAAUUUCCUUUUUAGCUUAUUGUAUCCAUUUCAAUAAAUCUUCGUAUUUUAUUUAUUUUUUCUUGCAUUAGUUUUAACAUUGCCAAUAAUAUGUUAUUGGGAUAGUUGUUGAAUCACUCCGCGCCAUCCCUCAUCAAGCAAAAAAUCCCAAUGGAAGAAAGUAAUAACAGAUUAUCAUGUUGUUUGAACCCAUAACCUGCAUUAACAUCGGAUACAUCCAAGUCAUGCAGCAGCCUACUAGUCUCUGCUGUUUCAAGAUGCUAUUGUAAAUGGGGCAUAUAAUGGUGGAUGAAACAUGUUCCUUAUGUGAGGAGUUGGGAGAUAAACAUGCACAGCCUUUGGUACUGUGAGCAAGCCCAAGCAGUCUGGAAGUGAGAAGCUUUGCAGAUUUAAAUCAGAAGCAUCAUCGAACCUUCAUGGACCUGUUUGAAGGGGUGCUAAUGCAGGGGUCUGUUUUUCGAAUAGCUUGGUUUUCAACCAUAGCUUGGAGUUUAUGGCAACGGUGCAACAGAAUUAGAGAAAACCAGACCACAUGGUCUUUGUUAGAGAUUGGAAGAAAGAGCAAAAGCACAGGUGGAGGAAUAUUUUGAGGUGCACAGACAGGCUCCGAGGACACUUCCCAGACCUGCUCCUGUCUGAUAGGCUCUGCCGAUGGAGAAUUGGUACAAAGCAAACUUUGAUGCAGCCUUAUUCGAACACUUGGGCAUGGCUGGAUGGGGAGUAGUUUUUUGGGACAGCAUGGGGAAUGUGGUUGCAGCACUGAGUCAGAAGAUUUUGCUGCCUCAAAUAGUGGAGAUGGCAGAAGUGUUGGCAGCAAGACGAGCAGUCCUAUUAGCAACAGAGCUAAGUCUUCUUAGGGUGUUGGUUGAGGGUGAUGGCUUGCGGGUUAUACCAGCUUUGAAUGCUCCUGCUAAAUGUCUCACGUUGUAUAGGCAUGUGAUUGAGGAUGCCCGUAGAAUUGGUUCCACAUUGCAAUCAUGUAGCUUUCACCAUAAAAUGAGAGGGUAAUAAGUAAGCGCACACUCUUGCAUGUAGAGCAGUUUUAUCUGCAAAUAUAGAUGUAUGGGUAGAAGAACUACCUAAUGAUUUGGAUGAUGUAUUCCAGAAUGAUUUUUUAUUAAUAA